UGGCCUUUCGGGAGUUGUAGUUUCGGGAACGGGCUGGGCGAGCCGCACAGACUGCCGGGAGCAAAGGGGCAGAGACGAGAAGCCCAGCGCUCGCCUCGAUGGCCCGGGCUCGUGUCGCUCUCUUGUGGGUCUGCGUGAUGCGGCUGGCGCUCGCCACCGUCUAUUUCCAGGAGGAAUUUCUAGACGGAGAGCGCUGGAGAAACCGAUGGGUGCAGUCCACCAAUGACUCCCAAUUUGGGCAUUUUAGACUUUCAUCGGGCAAGUUUUAUGGUCAUAAAGAGAAAGAUAAAGGUCUGCAGACCACUCAAAACGGCCGGUUCUAUGCCAUCUCUGCGCGCUUCAAACCGUUUACCAAUAAGGGGAAGACGCUGGUCCUUCAGUACACGGUGAAGCACGAGCAGAAGAUGGACUGCGGAGGGGGCUACGUUAAGGUCUUCCCUGCGGACCUGGAUCAGAAGAACCUGAACGGGAAGUCGCCCUACUACAUCAUGUUCGGACCUGAUAUUUGUGGAUUUGAUAUCAAGAAAGUUCAUGUUAUUUUGCAUUUCAAGAAUCAGUAUCAUGAGAAUAAGAAAUCAAUCAGGUGUAAGGUGGACGGCUUCACGCACCUCUACACUCUGAUUUUAAGGCCAGAUCUUUCUUACGAAGUGAAAGUCGAUGGUCAAGGGAUCGAAUCCGGCAACAUCGAGUAUGACUGGAAUUUAAUGUCUCUUAAGAAAACGGAGAAGUCUUCAGCGGAUUCCAAGCCUUGGGACCAGGCUAAUGACAAAGCCCAGGACUGGGAGAAGCAUUUCCUGGACGCCAGCGCUAGCAAGCCGAGCGACUGGAACAGCGAGCUGGACGGGGACUGGCAGGCGCCGUUGCUCCAGAAGCCCCCGUACCAGGAUGGCCUGAAAGCAGAGGGCAUCGAUAAAGACAUUUGGCUCCACCAGAAGAUGAAAAGUACCAGCUACCUCCCUCAGUACGACCUCUCGGAGUUCGAGAACAUCGGUGCCAUUGGGCUGGAGCUUUGGCAGGUGAGAUCUGGAACCAUCUUUGAUAACUUCCUGCUCACCGAUGAUGAAGAGUAUGCCGAGAAUUUUGGCAAAGCCACCUGGGGUGAAACCAAGGGUCCAGAAAGAGAAAUGGAUGCCAUUCAGGCCAAGGAGGAAGUGAAAAGAGCCCGAGAGGAAGAGGAGGAGGAGGUGAUGGCAGGGCGGUUUCCUGGGCAUGAAAAUCCGUUCAGUAGAUUUCACAGGCGGGAUGAACUUUAGCUGUCCCCGCCGUAGACAGAGGAAAGAGGACAGACCGAACUUCGUUUCUCAUUGAAUCUACAUUUAAAAGCUCAAACGUGUACAUGAUCAUCGUCUGUCCAGUUUUCUUUGAAGGGACCAGCACUUAGCAUAAUGGCUAUGUCGCUGG